UAGUUAAUUAACAAAGUUGAUAACUAUUCCGUUAUUAUUACACUUUGCAAUGUCGAUCACAUCAAUAAACGCAUUGUCCCUUUCCCUUUUCGUAUCCGCCGGAAAAAAAUAACGUCUUUUUUUUUUUCUUCCAAUCUCUCUGUCUCUCUCCCCAAUUCCCAGAUUCUCAUUUUUGCAGAGAUUUUAGGAGGAACAUGAUUGUUUGAAUUGGGAGAGACAUUGGUUCGUGUAAAAUGCGGGUGCUUGGUUUGAGCUCAAGCUUAUGCUCUGGUGAGGAUAAGGAAGAAGAAGAGAUUAAUGGAGAAGGCUCUCUCACGCCUGUUUAUCUCAACGUCUAUGAUCUAACUCCUGUCAACAAUUAUCUCUAUUGGUUCGGCCUUGGCAUAUUUCACUCUGGCAUUGAGGCUCAUGGUUUCGAAUAUGGAUAUGGAGCUCAUGAGUAUUCGAGCAGUGGGGUAUUUGAGGUUGAACCUAGGAGCUGUCCAGGUUUCAUCUUUAGGCGCUCAGUUUUGUUGGGAACCACCAGCAUGUCUCGCUCUGAUUUCCGCUCCUUCAUGGAGAAGCUUUCGAGAAAGUAUCAUGGGGACACAUACCAUUUGAUUGCCAAAAACUGUAACCAUUUCACUGAAGAAGUAUGCUUGCAGGUAACAGGAAAGCCUAUUCCUGGAUGGAUUAAUAGGAUGGCUCGAGUUGGUUCGUUCUGUAACUGUAUCCUUCCAGAAAGCAUACAGCUCUCAUCGGUUAAUCAUCCUGAAGCCCUCGAGUUCUCUGAUGAUAACGAUGGAUCAGAAGAAUCAGUUGCAUCUUCUGUGUCAUACGAAACAGAUGGAGAAGGAUCGGAUCAUCAUCUCAUAACAGCACCAAACAGCGAUAUUGCGUAUCUACAGGACAGACCAGUGAGACUUGCCCGUGAGCUCCUCCAAGAACCAACCGAUGAUACAUCUCCGCAGUACUUGUUGAAGCGGUCCUGAUCAUCACAAGCAUCAACAACUUGUGUUGUCUGUAAACAGUGAGGCAAUGGGUCCAUAUAUUGAGUAUUCUUUGGAUCUAUAAGUGUAAAAAAAGAUUUAAGAUUUAAAUCAGAACCCAUCUGAGAUGUUGGAUUGUAGUGUAAGAUUUAGAGACAAAUGGUGUGACAAAAAUUGUGCCUUCUUCUUCUCCCAAUGUGAGUUCACAUUUCAGUGUCAUAAUUCGUAAGAUUUGCGAGACUAAUAAUUAGUUUUGAUUUUUCUAUUCAAUUUACAGACAGUUAAUGGUUAUGGAUUUUCA